GUCAUAUGACGUACAAUGUGAGAGACCGAGAGCCACCUCUUGAACAACACAUGUGGGGAUUUUGUUGAUCGAAGCUAAUGAAUUCUAACAACAAGUGAUCUAAAUCAGUUCAGCUGUCCUUAAACUGCAAAUUGUGGGGGUUUACUCACGUCUUCCAAAGCAAGAUGGCAAAAAGCAAUCUCCAGUUCAAGACCAACUAUGCUGUUUCCAGCACUAUCGAACCAUUCUACAAGGGAGGAAAAGUACAGAUCAGUAAAGAUGAGAAUUUCAUAUUUUGUACGUGUGGCACACGUGUCAACGUCUUGCAAAUCGUUACAGGGAAGAUUGUUCACAGUAUUGAACAGGAUGAUCAGGAGGACAUUACAUCAUUCGCCCUCAGCCUUGAUGAUGAGAUCCUGGUAACAGCCAGCAAGGCUCUGCUGCUGAAGCAAUGGGACUGGAAGCAGGCCCAGUGCACACGCUCCUGGAGGGCCAUCCACAAUGUGCCCAUUGCCAGCAUGACCUUUGACCCCACCGCCACGCUCCUGGCCACAGGAGGCUGUGAUGGCACCAUAAAGCUGUGGGACGUGGUGAAGCAGUACUGUACGCACAACCUGAAGGGCUCCUCUGGGGUCGUACACCUGGUGGAGUUCCACCCAGACAUAAGUCUACUGCAGCUCUUCUCCUCAGCGUCAGACUGUGGCAUCAGGAUGUGGGACCUGCGCUCCAGCCAGUGUCUGUGCGUGCUGCAGAGCCACUACAGCCCUGUCACCUCCCUGGCCUUCACUCCCGAUGGAGCCUCCAUGGUCAGCUCGGGCAGGGAUAAGAUCUGCACAGUGUGGGAUCUGAAGAGCAGGACUGCCAGGAGGACAGUGCCCGUCUAUGAGGCUGUGGAGAGUGUUGUGCUGCUCCCUGAGGACAAAGAUUUCUCUGAGAUCGGGGUGAAAACUAAAGAGAUCCACUUCAUCACAGCAGGCAGCAAAGGUGUGCUGAGGGUGUGGGAUGCCAGCUCGGCCCGUUGUGUGUUCGCCCAGACGCUCCCCUCCACUCCCUCCGCGGGGGGCUCCGAAGAGGGGGGAGACGAGUAUGGAGACCCCCGGAGCCUCACCUACUGCCUCCCCCUGCCCUCCUCCCUCAGGCUGGCCACGGUCACAGCAGAACAUAACAUACUGCUCUACCAGCUGCCCUCCUUUACCACACAGCAACAGUUUGUUGGCUUCAACGAUGAGGUCCUGGAUGUGAAGUUUCUGGGCAAGGGUGACACUCACAUUGUCGUGGCGACCAACAGCUCCCAGCUCAAGGUGUUUGACCUGGCCACCAGCAGCUGUAAGAUCCUCUACGGACACACAGAUACCGUCCUGUCACUCGACGUGUUCAAGAAAGGGUCCCUGUUUGUGAGCUGUGCAAAGGAUAAGUCAGUGCGUGUGUGGAGACAGGAUCCAGACAGUGGUCAGGUGUGUUGUGUGGCCCAGGGCUGCAGCCAUGCGAACGCUGUGGGCUCCAUCACCUGCUCCAGGAUGAAGGAGUCGUUUGUGGUGUCUGGUAGUCAGGACUGCACCAUCAAGGUGUGGGAUCUCCCAGAGACCAUGGGGGAAACAGACGGAGACAUGUUCCAGCUGACUGCCCGGGUCACAGAGAAGGCACACGACAAAGAUGUGAACAGCGUGGCAGUGUCCCCCAACGACAAGCUCUUGGUGUCUGGUUCCCAGGACCGCCUGGCCAAGCUCUGGUCCCUGGGGGCCCCCGGGGCUGACCUGGCCCUUCUGGGGGUGUUCCGGGGCCACCGCCGGGGGGUCUGGUGUGUUCAGUUCUCUCCCAUGGACCAGGUGCUGGCAUCCUCCUCAGCCGACGGCUCUGUCAAGCUCUGGAGCCUCCAGGACUUCAGCUGCCUCAAGACGUUUGAAGGCCACGAUGCCUCUGUGCUGAAGCUCAUCUUUGUGAGCAGAGGGACUCAGCUACUCACAAGUGGGUCAGAUGGGCUGGUCAAGCUGUGGACCAUCAAGACCAACGAGUGUGUAAAGACGCUGGAUGCCCACCAGGACAAGGUGUGGGGUCUCCACGCCACCAGGAAGGACGACCGCGUUGUCACCGCCUCGGCCGACUCCAACAUCACUGUGUGGACGGACGUGACCGAGGUGGAGCAGGCAGAGGAGCAGGCGAAGCAGGAAGACCAGAUACUCAAGAAACAGGAGCUGUCUAACCUGCUUCAUGAGAAGAAGUACCUGAAGGCUCUGGGCCUGGCCAUCUCCCUGGACCAGCCACACACUGUGCUCAAAGUCAUUAAAGGUAUAAUUCUGUCCUCUCUCGCUUCUUCUAUAUCCUACUACACAUCCACACACACACCGUGCUCCACGUCAUCAAAGGUACAUUUCUCUACCCUCUGUCUCUACUCUCUCACAUGUUUUCUCCACACUGUACAUACAGCAUGUUGAUCAUCCAGAUUCUUCCUCACAUCUCCAGAAAUAGCUGCUGGAUUCCACAUUGCUAAUGUUGUCAAAUUAAAUCAAAAUCAAAUAUAUUUAUAUAGCCCUUCGUACAUCAGCUGAUAUCUCAAAGUGCUGUACACAAACCCAGCCUAAAACCCCAAACAGCAAGCAAUGCAGGUGUAGAAGCACGGUGGCUAGGAAAAACUCCCUAAAAAGGCCAAAACCUAGGAAGAAACCUAGAGAGGAACCAGGCUAUGUGGGGUGGCCAGUCCUCUUCUGGCUGUGCCGGGUGGAGAUUAUAACAGAACAUGGCCAAAUGUUCAUAAAUGACCAGCAUGGUUGAAUAAUAAUAAGGCAGAACAGUUGA